AUGACUGAUCCUGCUGCUACCCAGGCGCCGUCGAGCCACCAAGGCCUGAACGUGAUUGCGCUGAUCUCGGGCGGAAAGGACAGCCUUUUCUCUCUCCUCCACUGCCGUGCAAAUGGCCACCAUGUCGUGGCUCUGGCUAACCUGCAUCCGGCAAUGCCGCUUCCAUCCGGUGGAGCCCUUGGAAAUGAGGCCCUGGGCGGCGCCGACGACGCUGACCAGGAGCAAGACCUCAACAGCUUCAUGUACCAGACAGUGGGCCACCAGGUCAUCCCCCUCUAUGCCGAGGCCACCGGGAUCCCGCUGUAUCGCCGGGCCAUUGCGGGUGGCGCCGCCCAGCACGGCAAGGACUACUCGUACCGCGGGCACGGACGGACCACCGAGCCGGGGUCCACGCGGGCUCCCUGUCCAACUGGGGAAACGGGUACGGGAGGUGCGGGUGGCGUCGAUGAGACUGACGAGCCCGAUGAGACAGAGUCGAUGAUCCCGCUUCUCCGUGCCAUCAAGGCCGCGCACCCAGAAGCUAAUGCCAUCUGCGCCGGAGCCAUAAUGAGCACCUACCAGCGCACGCGUAUCGAGUCGGUGGCCACGUGGCUGGGGCUAGUGCCCCUGGCAUACCUGUGGAAGUUCCCCGUCCUCCCAGCCCCGGAGUCGUCAGACCCUGCCAAUGUGGCCGAUGCCCAGCUCCUCGUCGACAUGGCUGCCGUGGGCCUCGAGGCCCGCUUGGUCAAGGUCGCUAGUGGCGGCCUCGACGACUCGUUCCUCUGGACCAACGUCGCAAGCGCCCCGGGCAGAGACAAGAUUUCCCGCGCAAUGCGGCGCUUUGGGACCGCCGAGAAGGGCGCCGUCAUCGGCGAGGGCGGCGAGUUCGAGACUCUUGUGCUCGACGGGCCGCCCAGCCUGUUCCGCAAGCGCAUCGUGGUUGACGAAGCAAACCGGCAUCUUGUCAGGGAGGGCGGCGGAAGCGCCUGGCUGAAGCUCACCAGCGCCAAGUUAGAGGACAAGGAGACAGUGGCUUCCCAAGGCGAGAGGGAAAACAAGGUCAGAAUUCCUGACCUGCUCGACGCUAGGUUUGCUAGCGUGUUAGACACUCUGUCGGCCACGAAAGGGGCUGUGAAAGUCGAGGUGGGCCCCUUGAUAGGAGUUUACGAGACAGAGGAUGUGGUGUCUAGCUUGGCAGAGUCCCAAGGUCGUGACGCCGAGAAGUUGCAGCAAUGGUGCUUCGUUGGCGGUGCUGCCACGUCUCUCGGUUCUGUCGAGGCCGAGACGAGGUCACUGGUUGAGCAGAUUCGGAACCGCCUGCGGCUAGCUGCCCUGUCUCCGUCUGCCAUCGUCAGCGCGACCCUCCUGCUCCGCCGUAUGGCCGACUUCCCUGUCGUGAAUGCUGUCUAUGGCCAGCUGUUUGAUGCCCCGAACCCCCCUUCUAGAGUCACAGUGUCAUGUGGCAGCCUGCUCUCUCCAAACACCAACAUUGCCGUGUACCUGGCCGUGCAUAGCGGCCUUGAGCCUGGCCAAAAACAGGGCUUGCAUGUGCAAUCUCGCUCGUAUUGGGCACCCGCCAACAUAGGCCCCUAUAGCCAGGCAGUCUCUAUUCCAUUGGCGAGCCUCGCGGCCGAUAUGGCACCGGGCGCGGAGGGCCCGAGGCUGGUCAGCAUUGCGGGGCAGAUCCCGCUGGUGCCAGCGACCAUGGCCCUGCCGGAUGGUGCCGGCGGCGAUGACGAAGCGUUGAGACUCCAAGUGGCUCUCUCGCUCCAACAUCUCUGGCGCAUCGGCCUCGACACGGGCGUCCAGUGGUGGACCAGCGCCAUGGCCUACUUCCCCAGCGGCGCGUCGAGCUAUCCAGGGCUAACGAUGGCCCUAAAGGUGGAACUGGCUGCAAAGGCGUGGGACGCGGCGCACCUCUGGUCUGCCGAUCGCGAAGGAGAAGACGGAGAUGAAGAUGAAGGCGAAGACGCCGGCCCGGAUCUGUGGGAUCAGAGAUUCGACCCGCGCUACAUUUCGCUCGCGGGCGAGCCGGGCGCUCUGCCGCUGGCGACUCUGCCAGACUGGUCUGCGGUUGGCUUGUCCGCCGGUUCUGCGGCCAAGAGCAAGACCAGGGCCGCCUCGGCCCCCCCGCUCUUCGUGGCAGAAGUGACCGAGCUCCCCCGCGCCGCUGACGUCGAGUGGCACGCCCACAUGGGCGUCGCCGGCGCCUCGGCCGCGAGCAUUGUCGUUGCUCGUAGCAGCAGCCCGGUGCUGGUUCCUGGUACGAACAGUCCCCAGCGGGCUGCGCUGUGCGUGUGGCGGACUCUUGUCCGCUCCCCUGAGGAUGAUAGCAAGGACAGAGACGACGACGGCAGCGGCAGCGGCAGCAGCAGCAGCAUCACGCUCAUCCAGACAGUCGUAGCUGAAACGCUUGCGUCGUCGACUGCCGCAUCAACAGCUCCAGGGCAGGCAGAUGGGCCUUCCUGCGCGUUUGCCAACCAUGACCGCAUUGCUAGCCUGUCGCCUUCACGGAUGGGAGGCGGAACCGGCGCCGGUGGUUCUCCCUCGCUGCUCGUCAGGUAUGUGGACGUCGAGCGGUAUCCGGCGGCGUUUGGGUCUGCCGGGCCCGUCGUUUCCUGUGCCUCGCUGUGGGCGGCGGACGGCGAGAGGCUAGCUUCCGUGGGCGUGUACCAGGAGGUGUUUUAA